AGCCAUUCUUGGGGAAGACUGCUGUUCGUUGAGACGUGUCGCCUGUCGCUGGAGGAGAGGUUAGAUCUCUCCAGUAAGGCGGCUUCGGCGCUAAGAUGAAGAUAUUCGUAGGCAAUGUUGAUGGGGCCGAUACGACUCCGGAGGAGCUGGCAGCCCUCUUCGCGCCCUACGGCACGGUCAUGAGCUGCGCCGUCAUGAAACAGUUCGCCUUCGUGCACAUGCGCGAGACCGCGGGCGCGCUGCGCGCCAUCGAGGCCUUGCACGGCCACGAGCUGCGGCCGGGGCGCGCGCUAGUAGUGGAGAUGUCGCGCCCCCGGCCGCUUAACACUUGGAAGAUUUUCGUGGGAAAUGUGUCGGCGGCGUGCACCAGCCAGGAGCUGCGCAGUCUCUUCGAGCGCCGCGGACGCGUCAUCGAGUGUGACGUGGUGAAAGACUACGCGUUUGUUCACAUGGAGAAGGAAGCAGAUGCCAAAGCCGCCAUCGCGCAGCUCAACGGCAAAGAAGUGAAGGGCAAGCGCAUCAACGUGGAACUCUCAACCAAGGGUCAGAAGAAAGGGCCUGGCCUGGCUAUCCAGUCUGGGGACAAGACCAAGAAACCUGGGGCUGGGGAUACGGCAUUCCCUGGAACUGGGGGCUUUUCUGCCACCUUCGACUACCAGCAGGCUUUUGGCAACAGCACUGGUGGUUUUGAUGGGCAAGCCCGUCAGCCCACACCACCCUUCUUUGGUCGCGACCGCAGCCCCCUGCGCCGUUCACCUCCCCGAGCCUCUUAUGUGGCUCCUUUGACGGCACAGCCAGCUACUUACCGGGCCCAGCCCUCUGUGUCUCUGGGAGCUGCCUACAGGGCCCAGCCUUCUGCCUCUCUGGGUGUCGGCUAUCGGACUCAGCCUCUGACAGCCCAGGCAGCCUCUUACCGUGCUCAGCCCUCUGUCUCCCUUGGGGGCCCGUAUAGGGGCCAGCUGGCCAGCCCUAGCUCCCAGUCUGCAGCAGCCUCCUCACUUGGCCCUUAUGGUGGAGCCCAGGCUUCAGCCUCGGCUCUGUCCUCCUACGGGAGUCAGGCAGCAGCGUCUUCACUCAACUCGUAUGGGGCACAGGGCUCCUCCCUUGCCUCCUAUGGUAACCAGCCAUCCUCUUAUGGCGCACAGGCUGCCUCCUCCUAUGGGGUUCGUGCAGCCUCUUCAUACAAUGCCCAGGGAGCAGCUUCCUCCCUUGGUUCCUACGGGGCCCAGGCAGCUUCCUAUGGGGCCCAGUCGGCUUCCUCAUUAGCUUAUGGGGCCCAGGCAGCAUCUUACAAUGCCCAGCCCUCAGCCUCUUACAAUGCCCAGUCUGGUCCCUAUGCUGCUCAACAGGCCGCUUCCUACUCUUCGCAGCCUGCUGCGUAUGUGGCGCAGCCAGCCACAGCAGCUGCAUAUGCUGGCCAGCCCGCCGCCUACGCUGCGCAAGCCACCACUCCAAUGGCUGGCUCUUACGGGGCUCAGCCUGUUGUCCAGACCCAACUAAAUAGUUACGGGGCUCAAGCAUCAAUGGGCCUAUCAGGCUCCUAUGGGGCUCAGUCGGCUGCUGCGGCCACUGGCUCUUAUGGGGCUGCAGCUGCCUAUGGGGCCCAGCCUUCUGCCACCCUGGCAGCUCCUUUCCGCACUCAGUCGUCAGCCUCAUUGGCUGCUUCCUAUGCUGCCCAGCAGCAUCCUCAGGCUGCCGCCUCCUACCGUGGCCAGCCAGGCAGUGCCUACGAUGGGGCAGGUCAGCCGUCUGCAGCCUACCUGUCCAUGUCCCAGGGGGCCGUAGCCAACGCCAACAGUACCCCGCCGCCCUAUGAGCGUACCCGCCUCUCCCCACCCCGGGCCAGCUACGACGAUCCGUACAAAAAGGCUGUCGCCAUGUCAAAAAGGUAUGGUUCCGACCGGCGUUUAGCCGAGCUCUCUGAUUACCGCCGUUUAUCAGAGUCGCAGCUCUCGUUCCGCCGCUCGCCGACAAAGUCCUCGCUGGAUUACCGUCGCCUGCCCGAUGCCCAUUCUGAUUACGCACGCUAUUCGGGCUCCUAUAAUGAUUACCUGCGUGCAGCUCAGAUGCACUCUGGCUACCAGCGCCGCAUGUAGGGCCAUUCUGGGAUGGGCACCAUGGGGAGGGGAGGAGAGAGGUGGGACAGGUAGUAGAUCCAGGUUAUGUCCAUCGGCCCAUCCCUCUCCCGUCUGUGGGUUUUCAUCCCCUCUACUGUGGAUUUGCCCCGAGAUUCUUGUGAGUGCUCAGCAGUAAUCUACAUUGUUCCUUCGCCUCAGCAGCAUAUCUUGCCACUGGCUUUAGAUCUGCAGUUUCCCCUCCCCCCUGCCUCCCCUUCUCUACAGAUGGGAAUUUAUUUUUCUUUUUUUUGUUCUCUCCUGGCUCCAUUUUAUUUUUGUGCGCGUUGUGGAAGGUUGUCUGGAUGGGGAAGCAACCUGCAGCUGAGGUCAGCGGCGCCUUUUUCUUUUUAGAUGUGCAGGAGGCCAGGAAAGGGUUCUUUUAACCAUUUCCUCUGCUCCAAGCUGUGCCAGCUGUCCAGGGGCCCUGACUUUGUCAUUCUGUAGUCGCUGUUGAGACUGGGCUUCUGAUAGGACAGUCAUUUGGUCUAGGUCCAAAUCUACUGACCACUGAUCUAGCAGACGUUGAAUGGCACAUCCCCAUCUCCCCAAGUAGGUGGUGUUAGAAAACUUUUAAUUUUUUUCCCCCUUUUGUAUGGACUACAAUAAAACUUGGGGCAAUUUGCAGUUUGGAAA